GCAACAUCCUCAAUCCCUGGAAUCAGCCAAUCACAGCGCAUGUCCUUUGGCAGAGCACGAAGAAGCGACCCGGCGGCCACAGCAAGCUAUCGCUUCUCAGCCACCGGGCUAAUAUGAGCCUUUAAAUUGAGAGUUAAGACAUUAAACCGGAUGCCUCUAUGAUCCAGCUAACCGUACAGCGAGAUAUACAGUGUUCAGUUUGCACAAGAGGUGAGCCAUGGCUGAACCGAACCCCUCCCGUCCCCAAAGGAAGAUGUCCACAGCUGGGGAGAGUGUGUACAAGGUACUAGGGCUGGAGAAAGGAGCGUCAGCUGAGGACAUCAAGAAAGCAUACAGGAAGCUAGCAUUGAAGUACCACCCAGAUAAGAACCCAGACAACCCGGAGGCAGCAGAGAAGUUCAAGGAGAUUAACAACGCCAACUCUAUUUUAAAUGAUGAGACCAAGAGGAAGAUCUAUGAUGAGUAUGGUUCCAUGGGCCUUUAUGUGUCUGAGCAGUUCGGAGAGGAGAGCGUCAAAUAUUACUUCCUCAUGUCCAAAUGGUGGUUUAAGGGUCUGGUACUGUGCUGCACGCUGUUCACCUGCUGCUGCUGUUGCUGCUGCUGUUGUUUCUGCUGUGGAAAAUGUAAACCACCUGACGAUGAUGAAAACUACCAGUAUGUCGACCCUGAAGACCUGGAAGCCCAAAUCAAAGCAGAGCAGGACGGAGGUUACACAGUAAUCAUAGGCCAGCCCACAUCUAAUCUGGGUCCAGAAAGCCCAGAGGGCCAGAGUCAGCCCAUCCCUCUGCCAAUGCCCAUGCCUCCACCUGAGCCCCAGUCCUCAACCUCAGCCAAUCCAGCAGGGGAAGAAAACCCCGGAGAGACCUUACCAGAGUCGAAAUGACUCGAAAGUGACGGUGUGGAUGAGCCUCAACUAGUGGAAGCAGCCUUUCAAGCCCCUAUUAUUAUCCAGCCACAUUCGACUGCUGCCAGCGACGCAGAGAUCAACCAGCCCAAAGCCACCAGCCAGCCCAGGCCCACCACUCAACCUACCUGAUCUACCCACUGGACAACAUCUGUAAGGUGGGCACUUAAAGGCUCUUGGCCCCCUCCAUGGAACUUAAGUUAUGGAGGAGUAUUCAUGCUAAUUAAACUACUUUCUUGGCUCUGAAAAUGCUAAGAUCCUCAGUGUAAAUUUUAGUCCCCUUUCUCCUUCCAGUUUGCUACAUACUUUAGCCUAGCCUGGGUUAGAUGUGAUCUCACUAACAGUUCAGUCAUCCAAGGCUAGGCUUGGCAACAUGCCUGGAUCUCCUCACUAAUCCGUUCUUGUCAUCCCAUUACAACCAGUAAGGAUGUGACACUGGGCAGGAAGAUGGCAAAAACACAGGGAUAUGUGGGCACAACAACAUCAUGGAAAGGUGGUCCUCAUUAUUGAUCCGCUAUCCAGACCAGGACUGGAAUUAUCUUUUUUAUUUUCUCUCUGCCCAACCCUCCCCGUCUCCCUCCAUUCUGGACUCCAAUGGUCACCAACAGGAUCACUUUUUUUUUUACAUUUAUCCCCCUUUAACUUGUUUUGGAGUUGUCCUCCAAAAAGAAAACCAACAAGGGUUUUUGGUUAAAUAACUCCUGUAUGGAAUUGGAUGCCGCUUGUGACGUGUACACAUCAUCAGAAGCCAGCAGCACGAUGAUGUGAGUGUGGAGGAAAUUUUUUUCCCCUCUUCCUCCUCCUUCAGUCUUAUUUUAACAAACAAUCGCAUUCAGUUAAAUGUUGCAUUACCACCCUCUAACGUCCAUCCUUUCAAAUAAGCUCUUGAUGCCAAUUGUGGUGAUAAGAAUAUUCUUCUUUCGAUGGAGGCGGGAGGACUAACAGUCGAUUAACAGAGCAAAGCUUUCAAUUGGGACACAUUUCACAUGAAUGCACAAAUGUGAAGGGGGAGGGAGGAGAGCGAACAGAAGAGAUGUGACACAGCAGAAGUGACUGUGGGACUGACAUUCACAGAUUAUGUCUUUUGAUGUUAAAUGUCUGAGCCAAAACCUGGAGCUGAAGAUUUAGAGCAUGGAUCAGGAGUGGAGUCGAGGCUUCCCUCCCCAAUGUGCAUGCAUUUUUUUCCCCGGAUGCAUGCCCCCUACUGUACAGCACUGGAAUACAGUACACACCCCAAACCACAAAACGUGAAAGAACUGCCUACCCUAACCUUACAGACAUACAGACUCUGGUUACACACACACUAAUAUACAAACAAACACUACACUAUGUCAUCGUGUGCCACCCUCUGCUAAAAUAUACAACCCCCAACAUAAUCUAUUGACUGAAAUGGACUAUGACAGAUGCCAUAUCAUGGAAAAGAAACACAGCAUUUAAGUAUUAACUUGAAACAAUUUUCAGUUAAUUAUGUUUUGUCAGAUCAUUGUGCUCCUUCUUGUGUUGCAGUCACACUAUUUGGUAGACCAAAGGCAACAGCUACAUGCAUCUAGCCAACCCAUGAUAACUCUGGUCGAGGCAGAGAGUCUCUGAAAAUGCCAUUUGCUCUGUAAGCCACAGUUCAGUUUGUCAAAGUUGUUUGUAUAAUAUGCAUUUAGGUCUAUGCACCUUGUGAAGUGGGUCCGCUGCCAUUUCAUAUGGUUAUUUUCUUUUUUGUUCCUUUUUUUUUUUGCCUCCGUUCAGGUUGUAAAUCUUUUAUUGUACCUCUUUUGUCAUCAACUUUAAAGCUACUUGAUAAUCUAUAAACUCAGGUCCAGAUUCACUAAGACUGCAUUAUGAGGGCAAUCUUCGGAUUUCAUUGCAACUCAGUUACUUGAGUGCAUUUUCAGUUUUCACUGACUUCACAUUAUGUUUUGUAGAUUAGUUUUUGCCCCUUGAAAAGAGCACUGAGCAAGCAAUCAACCCUCUUUACUGCUAAUUUCAGGCACUCUUAUUUUAAUUGGAGGACUUCAUUAAGUCUUGCAUCUUUUCACGAUAAAUCUACUUUUCACUGUUCUGUCUUGAAUUUCCAAGAUUGCAUCUCCCCUGCUCCCUGACUUCAUGGUGACAGUGAUGUGCCUUGAACAAUAAUUGCAGCAGUGACUGAACAGACAACUCUUGAUGCAACAUUUGGAUGUCACAUGUACAUGUGUGAGAGUAUUAUGUUGCUGUUGGUGUCUUGUUUAGUGUGACAUCGCCUAUAAAUAUAGUGUGGGGAAAAAAAUCAGAUAAACAUACAGGUACAUGACCAUGACUGGUGAAAAGAGGCUUUAUUCAUUCAUUUCUACUCUUUUCUCAAUGUACUAUUUUUGGUGAUUAGCAUGGCUCUCUCAUUUGGUCAUUUAUUAUUGCUUUUCCCCAUGCAAACCUUUAGUGAAUCUGGAUCAGUGUUGUUGUUUCACCUGCACAGAACUGCAUGGUGACCACAGCCACCAGAGGUCUUUUGCGAUGAUCAUAACUUGAAAAGUUAAUGCACUUGUUCUAAAACAAGCACACAAUUUUGCUUUUUUAAGUCCCAUUUUCUUUUCACUGCACAUGUUCACUCAAGGUUUUAGAUCACUCUUUUUUUAUUUUAUUUGACAUUUUCCCUUUUAGAGCUUAGUCAAGUUAUAAAGGAGCAUUCACCCAUCAAAGCAAUGUUGUCUACAGCUAACAAUAAUUUUCUUCAUUUAUUGCUUUGUCUAUAUAAUGUCAGAAAACAGUGAAAAAUGACCAUCACAGUUCCCCAGAGCUCAAGGUGACGUCUUCAGAUGUCUGUUUGUCAAACAAACAGUCCAAAAUGCAAAGAGAUUUAGUUUACUAUCAUGUAAGACAGAGAAGAGCAGCAAAUCGUCACAUUUGAGAAGCUGGAACCAGAAAAUGUUUGGCAUUUUUGCUCGAUAAGUGACUCAAAUGAUUAAUCAAUUAAUUUUAUGCCGAUUGAUUAACUGACUAAUCGUUUCAGCUCUUGCCAACUUUUACACUGGGACACUAGAGGCCCCUUGUUGAGUUAUUGCCCCAGUUUGUGACAGCUGUUGUCAGGAUUUAAGCUGGUGCAGCACUAAAUAUUGUGGUGACUGAUCUGUAUAUAGGGCUAUUAAGAGAGGUGACAGGCUGUGUUAAGAGUCUCUCUCUUAAGAGAACUUUUUUCCUCAGUUUGAAUUCAAUUUAAUUAGUUUGCUGCUCAAAUGCAUCAUGGCUGUGUUCCAUGUAAAGUCAGAAGUCAGCUUUGUGUGGUCCAGCUCAAAAGGAAACCUGGAUUUUUUUUUUCUCUCCCUACUAAAUAUACUGUUCAUCAUGCCAACAGUCAAUAUCAUGCAAACUGUAUUGUUUACUAUAGUUUUCAUGUACUUACCACACAGGUGCUUUGAUAGAUUUAACGCAUUUAUGGAAUUUGAGGAUUAUUAAUCUUGUAACAUAAUUCUGGCGAACAUUUGUGCCAGCAUAUAGUGUCUGCCAUUUUAACAUCUCACAUACCUUGGGGGUUGAGCCAAAUUUCGCCCAAACCUUUCACAUUAUUAAUUCCUUAUCAAUGUCUUGUUGACUUGUCUGGAAUGCACCAUAAAUCUGCAAGAGUUUGUGUGUCACAUGGACACUGAAACAUUCUCAUUGUCUACCUAACUACAGUUAAAAACUGUUAAGCCAAAUCUGCCUAUCCUGGGGUAUUUUUAAAGGAAUUGUUCACCAUUUUUGGGAAAUAUACUUAUUCACCUUCUUUAAUGGACUUACUGCUCCUGGCUAAGAAAUAGUAUGGCACAUAACCCCCUCUGUAAAAACCACAGCUUGUUUUUUUGAUUUUGUACAGAUUAAACAAACGAGAUAUAACAUAACAUAACAUAACUAAACAUAGUUGGAUUUUGUUACCUUCAGACAGAGCCAGGAUAGCUGAAUCCCCCUGUUUCCAGUCUGUGCUAAGCUAAGUUAACCAUCUGCUGGAUGUGAAGCUUCAUACUUACUGUACAGACAUGAGAGUGAUAUCGAUCUUCUUAUCUCAACUCUCAGCAAGAAAGCAAAAAAAGCAUAUUUCCCAAAUUGUUUGAACUAUUCCUUUAAAUCAUCUUAUUUAGAUAUAACAAAACUUUUAAGUUUUUUUAAAAAUGCUUGGUAAAACAAACCUUUAAGACUGUUUACUUUAGUCAUUUGGAUGUCAAUAGAUUGAUGUGCUGUGGAGAAUUAUUGUCUAGUGCGGAGUACUGUUGCUUGUAGGUGAAUUUUUGUAAUUUUUACACGAAAUGUUCUCCCUUUCUGGUGGCAGGGUGAAAUUUAAAGGGUAUUCCUUUGAUUUUCUCCCAUAAUUAAUAAAGGCCAUAGUGUGUCUGUGUCAAGCUGAGUCUUAAAAUUCACUGUUGAAAAGUAGCGACACAACACUACAGUUAAACUUAUCUGUCAGCUGCUAAAACUCCUCAAUAUUGCCUGGUGAACUGCAAUAAACUAAUGUAGACCUACACCACAUGUAGGACCAGCAACCAAGCUCUUUAUUUCAUUUUGUGAAUUACAAACUGUUCAUAAACCAGCUCUGAUAAAUAUCUCCAUCUCUCUAUUUUGGCUCUGUCUUUGAUGGAUUACAUAAGAGCUUGUAUUUCUCAGAGAAACUCUGAGGAAAAUUUGACGGUCAUCAUUUCAUCUCGAGUUUUUAACCAAAUCAAAAGCCAAAACCUGUAAUUUUUAAGUCUCCCAUGACAUUUCAGGAAUAAUUAUUUUUUGUCUGUCUUCAGAUCUUAUCAAAUCAAAUAAGUGUAAAAGCGAUGAGGCCAUGGAGCACUGAAUGGAGACAUUAUUUAUUAUUUUUGUAAUUAUUGUAAAUAACUCAUUAAACAGAAAAAUAACUGACAAAAUUCCUUAUUGUUAAUGGACAUGUUUUAUGAAUUAAAGUCUGUUUUAACAGUGUACAUACAUUUUUAAUUUUUUUUAUUUGUCACAUAGAAAUACCAUAAUUUAAAUUUAGCAUUACUAAAAGAGGUUCUGGUUGGGGUCAACUUGUUGGUCAACUUGGGUGUUAAAUGAUGAGCUUAGACUCUAAAGUUAUUUGUGUGUCUUCUUUAAAAUACUGGCUUGAAUGCUCCAUGCUAACCUGUUAGCAUACACUGUUUAGCAAUACAUACUCCAUGCUAAUGUAUGCUAAAAACAGUUAGCAUGGAACUAACGUUCUUCCAAGGACAGAUGGAUGAUUUUGUAUCUAUGUUCUCAUUACUCAGUUGACCUGUGGGACAAUCUGCCAAAAUUGCUGUAUUUCUCUUAUGAAUGACGAUUGAAUGUAGAGUAGAAUAACACGACAAAGACAUUUUAUCAAUGUAGAUGAAGUUUGGUUUUUUUUGGGGGGGGGGGUCGUUAAUCACUGUUGUGGUUCCAUGUGGACGAUCUGUAAAUAAUGAGUUAUGAAAUUCAACCAAAUAAAAAAGGGGGAUUUUAUAA